AUGGAACCUAAUAAUCCUUCACAAAACAACAAUUAUAAUGGUCCGUUUAUUAACACCCAAGAGAGCUUUACUACUUCAAACAAUAAUUACGUCUACCAAAAUAGACAGAUAAAUAAUAACAAUAUCCUUCCAUCUUACGGAGAUGCUAAUCGUCAACAUAUAGGCGGCUCUAAUGCUUCAAUUCAAUUUCACCCUUCGUCAUAUGCCCCACAUACUGGUCAGGCUAAUGCUAACCCACCGCCAACUGCUAAUAUCCCUUUUCUCAACAUGGUUGCUAAUCCUCUCCAAUCAAAUUACGACAUCCUAAGUUUUGACAUCCCUGGCUUUAAGAUUAUUAUUAUACCUGUAGACAAUUCUUCUUCAAAUAUUGUUUCUAAUAAUAAUUCGCAAACUCAAUUUCAUAAUCCGUUUAAUAAUCAUAAUAAUUUUAGUGGUUAA